AUGCGUGCUCCGAUCUCCAGAGUCCUGUCGAGAUCAAUCGGUUUCCUCCACCGUACGACACCUCUAUCAUCCGGUACUCGCCAUCUAUGCGCCACCGCUUCUCCUGAGGCUCGGACGAAGAAGCUCGAGCGGAUCGCCGACGAUCUCCUCAAACUGAACCGAAUCGAGCUUUACGAUUACUCAAUCCUCUUCAGCCACAAAAUCGGCCUCAAUCGCUACGGCUCCGCCGUAUCCGUCGCCGCGGGAUCCGGCGGCGAUGCAGACGCAUCCGGCUCUGCGGAGACCAAAACGGCUGAAAAGACGGCGUUCGAUGUGAAGCUGGAGAAAUUCGAAGCGGCUUCGAAGAUCAAAGUUAUUAAAGAGAUCAGAGCUUUCACGGAGCUGGGAUUGAAAGAAGCCAAGGAAUUGGUUGAGAAAGCUCCAUGCGUUGUGAAGAAAGGUCUCACCAAGGAAGAAGCUGAGAAGAUCAUGGAGAAGCUCAAAGCGGUAGGUGCUACAGUAGCUUUGGAAUGA